UUACUCUUCCCUGAGGAAGACGACGGCCAGUUCUGACAAGAUUAAGUGUGUUUGUUGUUGCUGCUUUUGUAGACAUGAACUUCAAGAUCCGGCCUGCAGCUAAAGAAGACUGCAAAGAAAUAUCGAGAAUGAUAUUGGAGUUGGCGGUUUUUGAAAACAUGUCCGACCAAGUGAAGAUCUCUUACGAAGAGCUGGAGCGUGAUGGUUUCUGCGAGAACCCCUUCUUUGAAUGCCUCAUUGCAGAAGUACCUGAGGAGCAUAAAUCAAGAGACGGAUUCACGGUUGUUGGAUACGCCCUUUACUUCUACACUUACAGCACGUGGAAGGGACCGUCAGUAUAUUUGGAGGACCUGUAUGUGAUGCCAGAAUUCAGAGGAAAAGGCCUCGGCAAGAGUUUGCUGAGCAGUGUCGCUCAGGUGGGGAAGAAGAAGCAGUGUGUGCGGCUGCAGCUGUCUGUGUUAGACUGGAAUACUCCCUCUCGAGACUUCUAUGCUGCUAAAGGAGCUCAGGACCUCACCGUCAGCGAAGGCUGGCACUUUAUACGUUUUGACGGACAAAGUCUGGAUAAUUUAGCAAAUGAGGCACCUAAAGAUUAGAAGUUUGCCAAGAAAACGUGUGCCUUGCUGUGAAGAAAAAAAAUGGUUUGUUUUCUUCCAUAAACAUUCUCCGUUCAUAAGACAGUCCAGAUUCAGCCUCACCGCACCUGCUUCUCCUCUCCAAAAUCAUGUCCUGAUUUAAAGCUGUUCAUAUUUACUAGAAGCUAUGUUUAAUUUAUCAAUAUGAUUUUUUGUAUUCUAAUUUCAUUAAAGUACCUUUGA